GUUCCAAACUGUUGGUGCUGAAAGGCAAAGGAGCCCAAUUCCUAUCCCCACCUUUUAAAGAUGGAACCAGGGAGAUUCCUCAUUUUCAUGUUUGCAGCAGGUAAGAUGAAUGAAUGAAUGAAAGGGCUCUGUUCCAUGAAGGGAGUUUGUGGGUGUCUAGACUGCACCCCCACAGUCCCUUAGUAUUAGCUCUUUGGCUAUUUUGUUCCUUCCUCUUUAUGACUUUUUCUUUAAGGGAGCAAGUGAGACCUGCAACAAAAUAUUAAAGUGCGAUGUGCCCCUCUUCAAGGUCCUAGCCAGUCUGGCAUACCCUCUCCCAGAAUACUGCAUCCCAUUAUCCUUCCUCCAAUUUUCCUCAGUGCUUUGUGGCCACUGACCACGCAUGGUCCUAAUCAGAUGUCUCUUGCCUAUCUAUGGUAUAUCUCCUAACCCUCCAACCCCCUCCCUGCCCCAGUUGUACUUCUGCAAACUUUGGGGGCUCUCUGAAGCCCAGCAAUGCUUCCUUCUUGCAUGGGGAUAUUGUGGGCUGCCUGGGCAUUUGGGCUACAAAAGGACAGAGGAGGAGUUCGUGAUGGGCUGAAGUGCCCCUAGAUCAGAAGGCUUCUGCAAGUAAUCUCAAACCUAGAAAAUAUUGGAAUGUACCAAGCCAGCCAGUUUGUCCAUCUCACCCAGCAAUAUCUGCUCUUUCCCCUUUACUUGCUUUCCCCUUUACUUGCUUUCCCUAUCCUGUUAACUGGCUCAAACUUGCAAGCAAAUGUUUUGCUUAGUUUUCCUAAUGGCAAAUUAUUGCUGCUGCUGUUUUCUAAAUGCCUAACAGGAUAGUUUUGAAUGAGUCAACACCUAUUUUGGGUUCUAGUCCAUGCUAGUCCUAUUCAGGGUAAAAGGGACCCAUGACCAUUAGGUCUAGUCGUGACCGACUCUGGAGUUGUGGUGCUCAUCUCGCUUUAUUGGCCGAGGGAGCCGGCAUACAGCUUCUGGGUCAUGUGGCCAGCAUGACUAAGCCGCUUCUGGCGAACCAGAGCCGUUUACCUUCCUGCCGGAGCGGUACCUAUUUAUCUACUUGCACUUUGACGUGCUUUCGAACUGCUAGGUUGGCAGGAGCAGGGACCGAGCAACGGGAGCUCACCCUGUUGCGGGGAUUCGAACCGCCAACCUUCUGAUCGGCAAGUCCUAGGCUUUGUGGUUUAACCCACAGCGCCACCCGUGUCGAAAACCACGACUAUGAUAAGGGGCAUGAUACUGUUUUGAUUGUAUAGUGCAGUUGGAACCACUGAAAUCAAUAGCCAUGACUUAGGUUCCAACUGCACUAUACAAUCAAAACAGUAUCAUGCCCCUUAUCAUAGUCAUGGUUUCCCCCAGCUCCAGAUUCCUGGAAAGCACACUUGGUUGAGGGUUGUUAAGAGACCCCCCCCAAACUACAAUUCCCAGAAGUCCCUGGGAAGAGGGAUUGAUAAACCACUCUGGAAAAUGUAACUCCAGGGGUGGGGUGGGGGAUUAGGAGCCUUUCCUAACAACUCAGCACCUUAACAAACAACAGCUCCUAGAAUUCUUUGGGGGAAUGUUUAUAGUGGUAUCAUAAUGCUUUUAAUGUAUGGUGUGAGUGGGGUCAAAGAAAGCACACUUUCUCCCCUUUUUGAGUGAUUUCCCCCAUAUUUACAUUUAGCUGACUCACCAGUGUAGCGACUGAAAUUUAGAUAAUCAACCCAUUAAUUUUACUUUUAAAGGUAAAGUUAAAGGUAAAGGGACCCCUGACCAGUAGGUCCAUUCGUGACUGACUCUGGGGUUGCGGCGCUCAUCUUGCUUUAUUGGCUGAGGGAGCCAGCGUACAGCUUCCGGUUCAUGUGGCCAGCAUGACUAAGCUGCACACGGAAACACCAUUUACCUUCCUGCCAGAGUGGUACCUAUUUAUCUACUUGCACUUUGACGUGCUUUCGAACUGCUAGGUUGGCAGGAGCAGGGACCGAGCAACGGGAGCUCACCUCGUCGUGGGGAUUCGAACCGCCGACCUUCUGAUCAGCAAGUCCUAGGCUCUGUGGUUUAACCCACAGUGCUACCCGUGUCCCCAAUUUUACUGUUGUUUUUGUUGUUGUUGCCCUAUGCAAUUAUAAAGUUGCACCCUGGCGUCACUGUGAGGUUGCUGAGGAUCAUGAGGGGAUGCCUCUUGACUAAUCUGCUGCUUAAGUGGUGCCCUGAACACUAUUGCCACAGGCUGUGGCUGCUUGGAAUGCUUGCUUGUGCUGGUUGGCCAGCCCUGACUAGAUGCUCUGAGCUAAAAGGACUUUGCCUUGUGAUUGGACCAAACAAUGUGCUUCUUUCCUCUUCCUAGGGGCUGUUCACUCCGCCAAGACGUCUCUGGAGAUCAUUCCCGGCAAUGGGGACGUGCAGCUGGGCGAGAAAGCGUAUUUCUUGUGCAAAGGUGAAAGCGGAUAAUGGAGAGUGUGUGCAUGAAUAUGCAUCAAAGCAGUAGCUAGCACAGUAUUCUGGGCUCUUGCAGGAUGAUCUGAGUGGCAGAGCACCUGCUUGCAUGCAGAAGGCUCCAGGUUCAAAACCCCAGCAUCUCUUCCCUGUCUGAAACCUGAGAGAUUUGCUGCUGCCAGUCAAUACAGACCAGCAGUGGGGAACUGGUUGAUUCCCCUUACCCAGACUGUCUGGGAUAGCUCAGCCGGUAGAGCAUGAGAAUCUUCAUCUCAAGGUCAUGGGUUCGAGCCCCCCCCCGGUUGCUUUUUAAAAUUGUAUUUAUGCUUUUCAGGUUUAUACUUUUCACUAGUUUUACAAUCAUUUUAACAUUUCAGAACUUGACUUCCUUUCCUCUCUUUCUGCUGUUCCUUAAAUUUAUUUUUAAUAUCUUCUUCAAAUUAACUUAAUUUGCUCAUUUAGUCAUCUACUUUAAAUAUAUACUCUUAUAUAAAACUGCAGGUUAUUACAAUAAUACUGCCAAGGUUCUUAUCUGUUUACAAUUUAUCUGUAAAUAUUCAAUAGAACAUUUCCAUUCUUUUAUAAAAAAAUGUUUGUUAUCUUCUGGUAAUUUUGAUUUAUGAGGUGGGCCUGUUUACUACUUUAGUGGUAGACAGUAGUUUUAAUUGGGACGUUUAUUUAGCAUGGGUCCCACUAUUUUGGUCCUUUCGUACUAAAAAUAGUGCUGCAUAGAUAGAAACCGACCUGGAUUUCUCCGGUCUGAACUCAGAUCACGUAGGACUUUAAUCGUUGAACAAACAAACCUUUAAUAGCGGUUUCGCCAUUUCUGUAUAUUCUGUAAGUUUUUGUAUCCAUUCUUCCUUUGCUGGGACUUCUGCUUCUUUCCAUUUUGGGGCAAGUAACAUUCUUGCCGCUGUAGUAGCACACAAGUUUCUAUACAGUUUAGGUAGUUCUGUCCCCUAUACUGGUAAUUCCCAGCACAUUGGGCAAAAGAUUCCUGCAUUUGAAGGGGUUGGGCUAGAUGACCCCCCCGGGUUCCCUUCCAACUCUACAAUUCUAUGAUUCUAAAAAUAUUGUUAGGGGAAUUUGCUUAUCCAGCCUGCACUAAGGAGGUGUGUCAAGGACGUUUGUGCAGGAAAAGCUCAGCCUUGACCCAGCCUGAUAAGAGUGAGCAUCCUCUUCUUCCAGCUGGAUCAGGCAUCCAACUGUGAUGGCGCAGGGUGACUUUCCCUCCGUGAACAGGACUUGGGGCACAUCCACAGUCCUGUUUGCCCCGUGAUUAUCAUAGAAUUGUAGAGUUGGAAGGGGAAGGAGAGGUUCUUUUUUCUUGUCCCCGGCAAAACCGGCUGCAUACUGCUCAAUGAGGUUUGUGGCAGAAGAUCAGCAUUUGUUUCAUUUCAGUGGUAAACAGCAGGUUUUUCCAGGGAAAACAGUGGGACAAAAAACAUGAACCUCUUGGACCCAUGCCUAGGAAUCACGGGACAAAUGGAAGGAAUAGCAGGAAAAACAGAAGUGUGGGUGAGCCCUUAAUUUCUAUGCAUGUGUAAAGCUAAGGUGAGAGAAUGCCUCUGUAUAUAACUGUGUAAUCUAUAGGCCUGUGGGACUCACCGUGGAGGCUUCUCCAAUGCCUUUGCCAAAUAAACUUGCACCAGUUCUCACCAGAGUGGUGCAUGCUCUAGUAUCUCUCGCCUGGACUACUGCAAUGCGCUCUAUGUGGGGCUACCUUUGAAGGUGACCCGGAAACUACAACUAAUUCAGAAUGCGGCAGCUAGACUGGUGACUGGGAGCGGCCGCUGAGACCACAUAACACCGGUCUUGAAAGACCUACACUGGCUCCCAGUACGUUUCUGAGCACAAUUCAAAGUGUCGGUGCUGACCUUUAAAGCCCUAAACGGCCUCGGUCCAGUAUACCUGAAGGAGCGUCUCUACCCCCAUCGUUCUGCCUGGACACUGAGGUCCAGAGCCGAGAGCCUUCUGGCAGUUCCCUUGCUGCAAGAAGCAAAGCAACAGGGAACCAGGCAGAGGGCCUUCUCGGUAGUGGUGCCCUCCCUGUGGAAUGCCCUCCCCCCAGAUGGCAAAGAGAAAAGCAACUACCAAACUUUUAGAAGACAUCUGAAGGUAGCCCUGUUUAGGGAAGCUUUUAUUGUAUUUUAAUAUUUUGUUGGAAGCCACCCAGAGUGGCUGGGGAAACCCAGCCAGAUGGGCCAGGUAUAAAUAUUAUUAUUAUUAUUAUUAUUAUUAUUAUUAGUGGACUCUAGUUCCCAUUAUCCACAGCCAGCAUGGCCAACAGUCAAGAGAUGAUGGGCAUUGUAGUUCAACAGUAUCUGCAAGACCUCAGGCUCCCAAUCCCUGAGAUAGACAGUGAAGAGUGAGAUAAACCAAUGAUCUGUCUCGGUAUAAGGAAGCUUCCUAUUGGAAAGAUCCACGGCACAGCGACAGAGCACAUCUUUUGCAAACAGCAUCUCGAGAUAGGGCAGGGAAAGCUCACCCCACAUCUGAACUGCUGCCAGUCAGUGUAGGCAGCACUGAGCUAAAUAGAGCAAUGGUCUGACGUGCUCCUUCAGAGGACACACCUGCUUCCCUCCACAGUGGACGUUGCUUGCGUUGCCAGUUUGGCCUCUCUCCCACCCUGCUUCUGGGGGUGUGCGUGGUCUGCCUUUAAAAAACUUGUUUAAAAUUAUGUUUGCUGCUUAUGUAUUUAAAUAACCACGCGGCAUCUGGUUUGUUUGUUUUUUAAAGUCGAAUUGUUUGUGGCUUUGGGGAGACAGGAAGAGGGCUCAGAGGUGGGAUAGGCUCCCAGCCGCUCGCUGUUCUAUCUGCACAUUUCCUUUUGUUUAAAAUUCACAGAACCUCUUCCUUCCCCACCUGCACUCAAGUUGUGUACACAGCAUACAUUUAAAUCACAUUCCCUCCCCCCCGCCCCAAAGAACAAUGGGAACUGUUAAGGCAGCUGGGAAUUAUAGCUCCGUAAGGGGUAAUCCAACUUUUUAAGAUAGUCUAUUUGUGUGUGUACAACUUUUCUAUUAUACAACUCUCCACUCAUUUGAUGGAAGGGUUGCCAACUGUCGGGGGGCCUGUGGACAUGUUUGCAAAACAGAGAAACUGUUGUAGGCACUUUUUUCUUCUCUCCAUCUCUCUCUCUCUCUCUCUCUCUCUCUCUCUCUCUCUCUCUCUCACACACACACACACACACACACACACACACACAUUCUGGAGGCAGCAGGGCUUCAUUCCUCCUCCUGCUUUCCACCUGCUUCACCUGCAUCCAGAGCUCUACACCUUGCUCCAGGUGUGCAUGCAGACUCAUAAACCUCUCUUCAUCUUGAGCCCAGCCCAUUCCUUUUCCUUCCUCUGUGCUACCUCCCAUCACUGAGCUGUUGGAAUGGAGGUUAAUUGGCAGAAGUGGGGAGGGAGCGGAGGAGGGCAGAACCUCUCGCAGAGAUCUAGGCAAUCAUUUGCAGCAGGUGCCUGCACAGUCUCUUUAUUAUUGUUAUUUUUAAAAAACCCCUUUUAAGGCAGUCUUACAUACCUGGAAAUACAAGCCCUCCCUCGGCCACCUGAGUGGAGGCAGGCAAACCUGAAGAUUUCAGGUCAGCCCUGAAGGUUUGGCAACCCUCUUAGCAACCCCUGAUUUAAUGGAUAGCCCUAUCAAUCAGAAGGGACGCGGGUGGCGCUGUGGUCAAAACCACAGAGCCUAGGGCUUGCCGAUCUGAAGGUCGGUGGUUCGAAUCCCCGUGAUGGGGGUGAGCUCCUGUUGCUCAGUCCCUGCUCCUGCCAACCUAGCACUUCAAAAGCACGUCAAAGAGCAAGGAGAUAAAUAGGUACCGCUCCGGCAGAAAGGUAAACGGCAUUUCUGUGCGCUGCUCUGGUUCGCCAGAAGCGGCUUAGUCAUGCUGGCCACAUGACCAUGUGCUGUACGCCAUAUCCCUCGGCCAAUAAAGCGAGAUGAGUGCCGCAACCCCAGAGUCGUCCGCGACUGGACCUAAUGGUCAGGGGUCCCUUUACCUUUACCUAUCAAUCAGGUCAGGUUUCUCAUCAUUCCUCCUUCCCUUGCUACCACCCCACCUGGGUGAUCUAUUAAUUGUGCAUUUUAAUUCCUCCGCAUGUCAGUGAGAGCAGGUGGGGAAGCUACCUUGACCUGGACUGACCCAGAGGAUACCGACAUCGAGGAUUCAGAGCUGUACACAUUGCGGCAUAUCGACGAGCAGUCUAAGGGGCUGGAGAUGACUCUUCCUGAUCCACAGGCGGGAGGGAUCUUCACCUGCAAAGGCGACUUUGAGUCUGGAGACACGGCAACUGCCCAGAUCAAAAUCCGUGUGGUCCGUAAGUGACAUUCUAUUGACGUUCCUGCAAUUUGCUAGAGCAGGGACCGAGAACCUCAGAUCCAGGGAGGAGGGGAUGGAUGCGGCCUCCCAUGCCUCUCUACCUGGCCCUUGGAACCCCCAAGGCCACUCAACCUCAAGAGCUCUCUCCUUACUGAAACGUUCCCUAUAAUGAUGAUAAUGUCUCUUGGUUGACUGGCUCAUCUACAUUUGCCCCAUUUCUUGCCUCUGGCCUCGCUUGCCGUGUGGCCCCUGGAAACUUGCCCAUUAGGGAAUGCAUCCCUCAUAUUGGAAAGGGUCCCCCAGUCCUGGUCUAGAGUGACAAUAAAUUGGGAGUGUUAGGUGAAACUAACGCACCGUAGGUCACGUUUACACCAUACGUUUAAAGUGCUACAAUACCACUUUGAACAGUUCAUGGCUUCCCACAAAGAAAUCUGGGAGCUGUAGUUUCUUAAGGGUGCAGAGAACUGUUAAGAGGCCCCAUUCCCCCCCACAGAGCUACAGUUCCCAUAUUUUCAUGUGAAGACGGAUGAACUGUUAAACCACUCUCUGUCUCCCCCCCAUCAUAUCCUUAAAAACAGCAGGCAAUAAGGUCAAUGCAAAAGAUAAGGUUAGGCUCCCUCUGCCUCCAGGUUUGAACACUGUGUACAUAGCUCAUCAUACCAUGAUGUCACCAAGUGCAGUCUAGUCCACCUGACCCUGAUUUUUUACCCCAAGUUGUGAUUUGCCUGUGGAAGGUCCCAGGUCUUCAGUUGGGGCCAGAAAUCCCGGAGAAGUACUGCCAGUCAGCUAGAUGGCUUGGCUCGGUACAAAUCAACUUCCCAUGUUCCUAUCCAUAGAGAGACCGAAGUUUGUGACCACCAUGGAGCCCACAAAGGAAGUUGUUGAGGGCACAAGUGUAGCCUUUGAUUGUCAAGCCACUGGAAUCCCGCCACCGACUGUACGAUGGACCUUUGGAAACCAGGAAAUCAGUAAGAUCGGAGAUGGUGAGUAGGAUAUUCUGUUCAGAGGUGCCCCUAGAUAGAAAACCCACUCGCAUCUCUGCUAUUUUGCUUCUACUGUGCUAUUAGAGGACAAGGGGUUAAUACAACAUCUCUUGACCUCUGCCAAAAUUAUUAUUUGACAAAACUUGGGUGGGGGGAAGAGAAUGGAUGACUAAAAUCUUGACCAUUGUAUGCAGGGUUAAGCUCACACAUAUGAUUAGAACCAGAGAGAGCAUAGACAAUGUCUUUAUGGAGAAAUGAAGUCUCUUUCUAAUUUAUUUUGAAGCAAUAAGGUACAGGAUAAUGCAAACCCAUUUAUGUUACUUGGAAAUGUGUUAUACUGAUCUGUCAUUGGUUAUUUGUUAUUGGCUGAUCUUGAUUUAGGUGCAGAUAUUUGUCUUGCUCAAUGUUCAGUUCUCGACAUCCCUUUUGCUUUUGGCAUUUGUUAUGAUAUUUUGCUAGUAUGUACCUGCAAAACAUAUAUCCCACUAUCACCACUGCUAAUUUGCUUCUCCUUUCUGGGCAGGAGGACGAGUCUCUGUGCUUGCAAAUGGGACGUUGGUGGUAAAGGACUCCCAACCCUCAGAUGCUGGUGUCCACACCUGCGAGGCCAGCAUUAAAGAGCGGAAUGAAACUGUUGUCAUGGUCGUCUCCCUCAAUAUUAAAUGUAAGAGAUGUUUGGAAUCUCUUAGCACAGGGCUGGGAGAUAGGAGCCUUGGCCUCUGUUAGGCUGCCAGGGUUGUAAAUUUGGUUGUAUGUGGAGUGGUUGGACCUAAUCAGAGGUAAAGUUUAGGAAGCAAGGAGUGGAUGGGUCUUUUGAUUUGGAAAGAGAAGGGUAGGGCUGAGAGAGAUUCCUGACUGAGGCCUUGGAGAGCUGCUGCCAGUCAGUACAGUGGUACCUCAGGUUACAGACGCUUCAGUUUACAGACUCCGCUAACCCAGAAAUAGUACCUCGGGUUAAGAACUUUAUCUCAGGAUGAGAACAGAAAUUGCACGGCGGCAGCGGGAGGCCCCAUUAGCUAAAGUGGUACCUCAGGUUAAGAACAGUUUCAGGUUAAGAAUGGACCUCCAGAACGAAUUAAGUUCUUAACCCGAGGUACCACUGUAUAGCUAAUACCCACAUUCUUUAUUACGGUCCAAAGACCCGCAAACAAUUUUUCAAAAGAAAAGUACAUCAGAAAUACAGAAAAUAUAUUACUUGGCAGUCACUAUGUUUUACCCAGAGGUAAAAUAAUGGCAAAAGCUAGCUUCCUAUGUAACAAAUGUCAAUCUGCUUUGCUUUCCCAGUCACUCCAAGGAUAGAGCUCCUCACAGGUGACUCAUUUGCCACCCCGAUUGGGACACCUGCCCAAUACAACUUCAGCAUCUUGGCUUACCCUCCCCCCUCCGUCUCCAUUGCUUGGAAGGGGAAGGUUUUCAAAGGUGAUGAUAUCAAGAAAGUGGCGCAGGACCAAGACAGACAUACGUAUUCCUUUGAGGUAAGGCUGUUUUGAAUUACAACUUGCAUAUUCCCUGAGCAUUGGUCAACAGCCAACUCAUUCCCGACAAAUUGGUCACUUUCAGUUUCAGUUUCUCUCAGUUCCUCAUCCCCACUUCUGCAAUCUUAAAUUCAGUUCUGCACUUUCCCCUAUCAGUUUGCAUUUUUUUUUAAAAAAAAAAUCUUCAUGAAAAUUCAGCAGCAUUUUAGGGAGCAGUUGUCAGAAUAUAUAUGAAUUUUGGAGUGCUAUUUUGCCUAACAUAGUAUGGGGUGUGAGGGGAGGGGUAGUUCCUCUGGUGGGGGGGCACAUUGUGCUCCUUCUGGGGUAGUUUGUUCACCUUUGGUGAACCUUGCACUCAGCUCUCACUUGUGGCUGCUAGAAGUUGUUGGCAUGAAACAACUGCCAAACCUCAGGAAAGGCUUUGACUGGCCAACUAAACCAGGUGCGGGUAGCCAAUGAGUCACAAAUCCUUGCUGAGUUAAGAUGCUUCCUCUGCAUGUGAAGACAGGCUCUGGCAGAUUGAGCGGACAAGAGCAAUAGAGGGUCCAACAAUUAAGCAGGCAAUUUCUGCAUGUGCUGUAGAGGGAAGUGAGGGGCAGAUGGGGCUCCUCAACCUGGAAAGAUAGCCCAUCCAGAAGAAGGAAAACUCUGAUCCUAAACCUCCACUGCUUUGUGUAUGGCAUCUUUGAGAGAAGGAAAGGCUAAGGAGUAAACCCUACACAAAUCUGGAGUGGACUCCCUAAGAUGGUUUGAUGGCAUCUUGUACCUUCCAACAACUUCUGCAGCCUGGCUGGUGCCAAAAGUAUUGCUCUGCUUUCCUUUGGACCACAUCAGCAAGGGCCAGAGUGGGGCCCAGGACCUGCAUACACACAGGACUCAGCUACAUUAGUAAAGAAACAGCGAUUUGACUGCACUAUAGACAUGCAACAACAGAUGGCGCAAGAGAGCAGGAAAUUUUAAAACCCCAUUUUCCAUAGAGAUUUAUUUUCUUUUGUUAUAACAAUCUAAUUUCUGACUUAAUUAUAGCCCCCCCCCCCCGUGUCUAGAUCCACCCACAGUCCAGGCUUGCAUCCUAGGGAGGUCACUUUGGUGCUGCUAACUAGCAGUUUGACUCUCCCCCCCCCGAGGCACACUCCAUUGUCUCUUGAGACAGAUGGAUGCCAACAGUAUAUUUUUAACAUGGUCAUUUCUGCAAACAUAUGCACAUCUAUGCAUGUUCCCCCCUAUUAUGGAAGUGUAUGCUUUUCAUUUGGAGGAUUGCAUCACAAAAUUAGCAGAAGUUUCAGCUCUGAGGGAGAGCUAUGCUUCAGUUUGUGUCAAAAUAGUCCGGCAUGAAAACCCCCAAACUCGGUUCCAUGGGUGACUCUGAGUCAACUCCUUGGGAUAGUUUAUUGUUGCACAUUGUUUCUAAAUUUCUUGUUGCACAUUGUUUUAAUUGUCUGUUUUAACCAUAUUUGCACACCAGUUUCUAAUGCUGUGAGUGUCCUCUAUUUCAGAGGCUUCUACUCUGCAGCCUCUUAUAGUUGUUUUAACUGCAAGUCUUUUAGUUCUUACGCUCUUACAGUUGUUUUAACUGCAUGUUUUUAUUUGUUUUUAGUUUUUAUCUGUUUUAAUUAUCAGUUUUUAUCCAUCCAUUAUCCGUGUUUAAUCUUGUAUUUUAUUCAGAUGUUUUAUCCUAUGCUUGUUCCUUUGUCCUUAUUUGCUCCAACAUUUAUCAGUUUAAAAAAAUCUUAACUGCUAUUUUAUUUAUAUGUGUGUUUUUUUUAUCCUGGUCUGUGACCGUAAUAAAGUUCAUUCAUUCAUUCAUUCAUUCAAACUGAACUGGAUUUCUCCUCCAUCCCUAAUGAGGACUGAACAUGUUCAGUGGCCAUGGAAGACCAACCAAUUGUUUCAUAUGUGUGUGUGUUUGUGUGUGCUGGGAUCUAAAACUGGUGGUGGUAGCAAAUGGAACAUCUUGGAAAGGGAUAUGACUGACUAGAAUGGAAUCCUGAACAGGAGCACUCCUCAGUGAAACAUUUGUCUCAGGAUCCACUUAUAAGGACUGACUCAUAAGAUAUAAGCCAGGAAAGCAUGUCUGCCAUUAAUGAUUUUUAAAUAAAUAUCUUCAUUCAAUUCUCUUUUCCAAAAUGUGCAACCAUAGCAACACCAUUAAAAAACAGCAACAUUUUUUUUUACAUCAGGACACCCACAGAUGUGGCUAGAUCAUUUCAUAUGCUGGGCUGAGUGAGCUUACAGGGGUCCCCCUUCAAAGGAACCCCAAAAUUCCACAAAACACUUCUUGAAAACUCAGUGAUGACCUCAAAUGGCCUUUUCUGGAAGUUGGGAAGGCUGUGUACUGUGCCUGUUUUUUAAAAAAAUGAAAAUAAAAUGAAAAAUUUAAUGCAAACUUUAAUGGAGAUCAGUGAAAGGAGUUUUUUUUUAAAAAAGAAAGGUAAAAGGAAGAACUUCAUUCAAAAACAAAAUAAGUGAGCCCACCAAUUGCAGGUGCAUGGUAGCCAGCGUUCUCAGUUUCCUAUGCUGAUAUAUUAUGCUAACUGCGUCUUCAUACACUGCCUUUCAGGCAAGAAGGCCCCCAAGACAGCUCACAAAACAUACAGGCAAAUAAAGGUACAGGUAAAGGUACCCCUGCCCGUACGGGCCAGUCUUGCCAGACUCUAGGGUUGUGCGCUCAUCUCACUCUAUAGGCCGGGAGGCAGCGCUGUCCGCAGACACUUCCGGGUCACGUGGCCAGCGUGACAAGCUGCAUCUGGCGAGCCAGCGCAGCACACGGAAUGCCGUUUACCUUCCUGCUGGUAAGCGGUCCCUAUUUAUCUACUUGCACCCGGAGGUGCUUUCGUACUGCUAGGUUGGCAGGCGCUGGGACCGAACGAUGGGAGCGCACCCCACCGUGGGGAUUUGAACCGCCGACCAUGCGAUCGGCAAGUCCUAGGCGCUGAGGUUUUACCCACAGCGCCACCCGCAUCCCUAUACAGGCAAAUACAAUAAUGUAAAAACAAACACUACAGAUCAUACCAAUUCAAGACAUUUCAAAAGUAUUAAAAACCAAACACAUCCAAAAGGCAAAGAACAUUCCCUGUAAAAAUCCAAAGAGAAGGCAAGAAUACUUAAGCAGUGCCUUCACCUUACAAGGACCCAGACAGGGAACGUGGGGCAAGGCGGAUGGACAAAUUGCCUUGGUGGUUCUAGCAGCUUAACUUUUCCCUUGAGGCAUUUGCGGAUAAGGAAGUGUUGGCAGCUAGGGAGGCUGCAGAGCAUUUGAAGAACAUUUAAUGAAAGAUCUCUCUCUCUCCCUCUCUCUCUCUCUCCCUCUCUCCUACACGCACCCACCCACCCACCCACCCACCAGUUGUUCACUUCACAAUGAAAGGGUAAACUCAACCCCACAAGAGUUGGGUGAGGGGCUACUCCAUGAAAUCACCCCUCCUUGAAUUGUUGGGUUAAGUUCAUGAAUUUUAGACUGGAUCACUGUUUCUGCUCAGCCCUAGUAAGCAAGCAAUAUGAUGCCACCAAUGGUUGCUGAGGACACCUGCAGUGUAAGCCACUCUUCUCUGCAACCUGGUGCCCUCCAGAUGUUUCAGAUUAUAACCCCAUGGUCAGGAAUGCUGGGAGUUGUAGUCUAGCAGCAUGUGGAGGGCACUAGGCUCGAGGAGGCAGGUGCAAGUUUUGGAAAAAGAAAACCUCAUAAGUGUUCCUUCACUUGCCAUAGCAGAAUACUAUCCCACUUCACAUUUUGAUGCAUCUUAAAUUCUCCUUUUUAAUUUUGGUUCUAGUUCACGCCAGCAUCACAAGAGGAUCUCUCAGAACUACUAAUAACAGCUGCCAAUGAUCAGGGUAGCAGCAAGAAGAAGGUUACUCUUCAAGGAGGUGAGUUGCAAACAAUUGGCUUAAAGUCAGAAUGUUGACACUAACCUGGAGAAGAGAAGACUGAGAGGUGAUAUUAGAUUCAGGUAGGUAGCCAUGUUGGUCUGACGCAGUCAAAAUAAAUAAAAAAAUUAAAAAAUUGUCCAGUUGCACCUUAAAGACCAACUAAGUUUGUUCUGGGUAUAAACUUUUGUAUGUAUGCACACUUCUUCAGAUACACUGAAACAGAAGUCACCAGACCCUUGUUGUUGUUGUUUAGUUGUUUAGUCGUGUCUGACUCUUCAUGACCCCAUGGACCAGAGCACGCCAGGUACUCCUGUCUUCUACUGCCUCCCGCAGUUUGGUCAAACUCAUGUUGGUAUCUUCGAGAACACUGUCCAACCAUUUCGUCCUCUGUCGUCCCCUUCUCCUUGUGCCCUCAAUCUUUCCCAACAUCAGGGUCGUUUCCAGGGAGUCUUCUCUUCUCAUGAGGUGGCCAAAGUAUUGGAGCCUCAGCUUCAGGAUCUGUCCUUCCAGUGAGCACUCAGAGCUGAUUUCCUUAAGAAUGGAUAGGUCUGAUCUUCUUGCAGUUCAUGGGACUCUCAAGAGUCUCCUCCAGCACCAUAAUUCAAAAGCAUCAAUUCUGCACCUAUCAGCCUUCUUUAUGGUCCAGCUCUCACUUCCAUACAUCACUACUAGGAAAACGAUAGCUUUAACUAUACAGACCUUUGUCGGCAAGGUGAUGUCUCUGCUUUUUAAGAUGCUGUCUAGGUUUGUCAUUGCUUUUCUCCCAAGAAGCAGGCGUCUUUUAAUUUUGUGACUGCUGUCACCAUCUGCAGUGAUCAUGGAGCCCAAGAAAGAAAAAUCUCUCACUGACUCCAUUUCUUCCCCUUCUAUUUGCCAGGAAGUGAUGGGACCAGUGGCCACGAUCUUAGUUUUUUUGAUGUUGAGCUACAGACCAUAUUUUGCGCUCUCCUCUUUCACCCUCAUUAAGACACCAGACCCUUAUAUACAGAAAUAGACUUGAAAGAGAAGUUGCUGAAUUACAACUUAUUACUAAACUGAAAACUAUGGAGAAACCUGGUCUGAAUAGAGAUAUUGGAUUCUUGUCUCAUUACAUAUGCUAAAGCUAUUUUUGGUCAUCUGCAUGCUAUCCCUUGGUUUUUCCUGUAGGACUAAUUGCAGUCAUCAACAGGUUUACCAUUCCAACUGAGUCAAUCACCCAUCUCCUACUACCCCUCUUAGAAAAACCCCACCCCAGCCUCCCACUGGUGACUUCUGUUUUAGUGUAUCUGAAGAAGUGUGCAUGCACACGAAAGCUUAUACCCAGAACAAACUUAGUUGGUCUCUAAGGUGCUACUGGACAAUUUUUUAAUUUAUUUUGAGAGGUGGUAUGCCAGCCAUCUUCAAAUAUCUGAAGGGUUGGAGCAUGGAGCAAGCUUAUUUUCUUCUGCUCUAGAGGGUGGGUAGGUAGGACCUGAGUCAAUGGAUUCAAAUGACAAGAAAUGAGAUUUCAACUAAAAAUUAAGAACUUUCUGGUGGUAAGCAAAUUAAUUAAGUGGCAGAUUUAUGAACAAUUUUUUCAAAAUCAACAAUCGUUCUGGUCAGUCUGAACACAAUUGGCUUCUCUCUUAACUCUCUCCUAGCCAUAGCCCUUGGUGGCUUUAAAUACCUAGGAAUAGCUCUCAUAUUUGACUUUAAAUAGGAUGAAGGAACUAUACAAAUGUUUCUGAAAGCAUGCAACAGGAUCUAAAAUUAAAUAAAAUAGAAGCGUACUAACCUAAGCUGGAUCAGUUACUGCAGUAAUAAAAAUGUCUGUAUUACUUAGAUUCUCAUAUCUGUUUCAGGUACUGCCAGUCCCCUCCCCUUCACUAAAAAGAAUGGCAAAAUAAACUCAAUUAUUUUGUGGCACAAAGCAAAAGAUCAAGGGCCAGUCAUAAAAUCUUAUAUAGGUCCAAAGGAAUUGCUGCUUGAGAAGUUACACUCUAUCAAAGGUCCUAGAGAACUUUGAGAACCACAAUAUGCCUCACUCCCAGCCAACAAUCCUGCUGUUGCUCUCAAUGGCUGUCUUUCUUACAGCCACAGUACAUGCCAGGAGUCUGGGCUGACUUACCUUCACCUCAGCUUUCCCCCUCCGGCUGGUGCCCUUGCUCACAAUGGGGGUCAUUCUCUGCUCAAGGCUAGUGAAAGGAUUCCUGCAUUCUGAUGUCCUUCCCAUCUGCUCUUGCAAAUGGAUGUCCUUCUCCCCUUUCCAGACACUCAAGGUUUGGGAACUGGCAUCCUUGUGCUCAUUGUGUUGAUCAUCCUCUUGGUGGCUUUGCUGGUGAUGGAUGUCUUCUGCUACUACAAGCGCCAGCGUGGCUUGCUGAUGUAUUGUAGGAACAAUAUCCUGGGCAAAAACUCAUCCGGAACAGGCACAGAAAACAAUGGGUGAGUUCAUAUGGGGGAGAGAAGGAUAGCCAUGGUAGGAAAUGAGGACCAAAUAUUGGCAUAGCAAUGAUGGGAAUCUCUUCUUAACCUUCUCCAGUGGUGAUCUUCCUCCACCAGUCUUUCAUCUACUGAUCCCAUCUCAUGUUUCAGUUGGCAGCCACAGCAGCCUGAUUGGGAUGGUGGUGAUAGCAGUUUGUAGUGAUUUCCAUGGUCCAUCAGUUAUAGACGUGUUUUGACCAUUAAGACUUUUUCAGAUAUGUCCCAAUUGGUCCUGAGUCCUUGGCUUAGAAAACCUUCUCCAUCUGCUUUGGGGAAUGUGUCCAAAUAAUUCCACUAGUGUGUCAGUGGCUGAAAAAAGUCUUUUAGCUGAGCACUUUUCCUUUUGUCGAGAGCCUGUUCUCUACAAAGACAACCUUAUGUUGUAUAUCACAAAUUCUUCGAAUCUAGUACAGUGGUACCUCGGGUUACAUACGCUUCAGGUUACAGACUCUGUUAACCCAGAAAUAGUGCUUCAGGUUAAGCACUUUGCUUCAGGAUGAGAACAGAAAUCGUGCUCCGGUGGCGCGGCAGCAGCGGGAGACCCCAUUAGCUAAAGUGGUGCUUCAGGUUAAGAACAGUUUCAGGUUAAGUACGGACCUCCGGAGCGAAUUAAGUAAUUAACCUGAGGUACCACUGUAGUUCAGUUAGUCCAAGGACUCAGGGCUAAUUGGGACAUAUCUGAAAAAGAUUGGCUGGAUCUAUAACUGGUUGUUCCAUAACACUAUUGCCCUAUUUAUAUUAUUGAUCACUGUUCUUUAUCACAUGUUUCUUUCUUUUUUAGCACAAGUAUACUUUCAUCUAUGUCAGACUUUUUAAAAAACAAAAAAACCCACACAACUAAUUUUGAAUGGCAAUUGUGCCUCUCUCCCGAUAGAAAUUUAAUUAUUGUCACAUUUAUAUUUCACCUUUCAUUCAAGGAGCCCAAGGUAGCACUCAUGGUUCUCUUCCCCAUUUUAUCAUCACAAUCACCCUGUGAGGUAGGCUAGGCUGACAUAUGGUGACUGGUUCAAGGUCACCCAAUGAGCCUCAUGGCCAAGUGGGGAUUUGAACCCUGGUCUCUCCCAGGACCUAGGCUGACAAUUGUAACCACUACGCCAUACUGGCUUCCUCAAAGAGGGUAGGUUAACCUGACUUGUCUUAUUUUUUUUCUCUGUAUGUUGCUCCGGGAGCUUUUUUUCAGCUGAAGAUUGGAAUAAAAAAGGAUAAAAAAAUUGGAAUAAAAAAAUGGAUAAACAAGCAUUUUUAUCUAUGCUCACCCAUGCUUUAGCUUUCCAUUAUUUGUUUCCACAGGAAAAUGCUCUCCAAGUCAGGGAAAAGCACAGUGGUGAAUGUUUCUGGCAUUGAGGCCUGAUUAGUCGACAGCGAUGACCUUAGAUUGUGCAGGGAUGGAGAUGGGACUCCAUGGCCAAGCUUGGAUGAGCUCUUCAUCAAAAAUGGAAACACAAAAGGCGACUUCCCAUAUGGGAGAGCUGAGAAAACAGUGCCUCUCUUUCUCAUCUCACUUUUUCCUUAACACCCUCCUGCCUGUGGCCCAGUGACCUAACUCUCCUUUUCAGAAUAGCUGUUGCACCACAAGCCAAUGGGAGCGAAACACCCUCUUCAUGCAGCCUUCCUCAACUCUAUGCUCUCUAGAUGUUGUUGGAUUCCAACUCCCAUAAUUCCAAGCCACCAUGGCCCAAACGGUCAAGGAUAGGGCUGGGGGGAGAAAUUUGAUUCCGUUCUCAUUUAAAAGCAAACUUACCUAAUUUGCACUUCCCAAAACAAGAUGCAGAACGAAAGCCAGGCAUCCUUUGAAAUCCACCUGUCUCCACAUUUUGGAAAUGCCGUGGCUCAGCUGAGUAGUGGGUAUAAAAAUGCACGUACUAGUGUAAAGUGCGUACUAGUGAAGAUAACAUGCAGCUAUGUCUUAUAUUAGGGAAAGCUGCUUGUCAAAAAUGUUCAUGUUAGGCCAAAUUGUACACAAAAAAAUGUGUAUGGGAGAAAUUUGCACUAAAAUGCUAAUGAUCUUUCGUGAGUCCUUUUUUUAAAACAAAAAAUCACCAAUUGAUGCGGAAAUAUGGAGGAGUGAACUUUGGAUAAAUUAGAUAAACAAGACACUGAGAGAAACUGACAUUGACGUAUUUCUCCAUCCCUAAGUCAGCGGUGAUGGGUUCUGUAGUUUAGCGACAUCAGGAAGGCAUCAAGUUGAGGAAAACUGCUCCAGUGUAGGGAUGGUCAACCUCUGACCCUCCAAAUGUUACUGGACUACAACUCCCAUCAUCCUUGAUCACUGGCCAUUCUAGCUGAGGCUGAUAGGAAUUAUGGUCUAACAACAUCUGGAGGGCCACAGACUCCCCAACCCCACCCUCAUGGUUUCUCUAUACCAGGAGCAGACUGGAAAUCCCCCCCACCUCAUUUUGUUUCUCAGAGCCCUUCUUUCAAACAAAAAAGUUCUGGAAUUUCUCCUUAGAAUUGUAUGGCCAUUUAGAGAAUAAACUUUUAUUCCUCUGAUGCUACCUCUUCUCCAUCAUCCCUGAUCCUUAAUCUCAAUAAAGCUUCAAAAUUGGAACCUGGGUUUGACUGCAUACUUUAGCAGCCCAAGGAUCUGCUCCCUGCAUGCCUGAUUGAUUGCUCAUUCUGGCUCCAUGCUUUAUCUGACAUGAGGAACACAGGCCAGUUUGCCUAGUGGGGAAUAGGAAGGCGUUAUUUGUUAAUUAGAUGUAAGUAGCAGUCAUGUCUGGGGGGAAAUUAAGAGGUGGUGACAGCCAUAAGAAAUGGAAACACACUGCAUCCUGGCCAACCCCAGGUUUCAUUAUUACCAAGGCCCUGGAUGUGUAUGUUAAAUUACAGUUGCACUGUAUUAUGGACUUUGCAGUUAGGCCCAUGAAUGUUUUCAUACAUAUGAACACUUCAACCAUACCACACCACAUAGGUGGGUUUUGUAGUAUACCAAAAUUAUGGUGCACUGUGACCAUGAAACACAUACAUGUCAAACAUCUGGGGGUUGACUACAAAGCCCAUAAUGCAGUACAAUUGUGAUGAAUGUGCAUGUAUGCAUGAAAAGCAUCAAUGGCCUGAAAAACAGUGAUCAUUAAUAUACAAUUAUCAAUGGGAGUCGUCAUACAUUUUAUGCAGUGGACACUUAUGGUUGAUUUCUGC